AUGCAUUGGUAUUUCUAUUUGGAUAGAACCUAUCAUGGCCUGUCCAAAGACCAAUAUGAGGAUAAUCUUAAGAAAAUUAUGGCUGUUGAUACCAUCCAGGGUUUCUGGAGUGUUUAUGAUCAUAUUCCCAAAGUGUCAUCCAUUAAAUUAAGAUCCAGUUACUUCUUGAUGAGAAAUGAAACUCGGCCCAUCUGGGAAGAUCCUGUUAAUCGUAAUGGAGGCUCAUACAAGACUCGCUGUAUUAAGGAGAAUACGGAAGAUGUCUGGAGGGAGCUUCUAUUAGCUUCGAUUGGAGAACAAUUUUCCAAAGAUUUAAAACCAUAUGAUGAUAUAUGCGGUGUAAGCAUUAGCAUCAGAGAAAAGAGCGAUGUAGUACAAAUAUGGCAUGCUAACGCAAAUAACAAAGAAAACUUUAUAACCUAUCAAUUGCUACCGACUAUAACUCUAGAACAGGCAUAUUACAAGUCUCAUCAAGAUCAUCAGGCGUUUGAAGGGGUUAACGCGCGCCAAACAGCAAAAAUGAACAGGCCUUGA